GGCAAGCUAGCUUGGCUACUGCAGGCAGUGGCAGGAUGACAUAGGGGGACUACCGGAGUCAGCAGCCAAAGCUUGGAGAAACUGUACCCAGACAACGGAUUUUGGAGGACACAGGAUACCCGGGUGAAUCGUCAUGACGACAGAACCAAAUUCAGAGUCCAGCGUGGACCAGCAGGAGGCCAGUGCGGUUCCACUCCUGGAGGCGGACUCAUUCCCCCCGGCCGCCGCCCACAGCACGCCUGUCAGGAAGAAGCAGAACGGUGAGAGAGCGGAGGGAGGCGUGGUCCCACAGGAGAAUCAGCUUGAGCCAUCACAGGUGGAGGAGGACAGGACCUCACACAGGUCGUCCACCAGUAAGCUGUCCAGGUCCCCCGGUGGAGGCCGGAGCGUCCGCAGCUACAAGACCAUGCAGUGCAAGGUCACCCUGCUUGAUGGCUCCGACUACACCUGUGUGGUGGAGAAACGGGAGAGAGGCCAUGUGUUAUUCCACAAAGUUUGUGAGCAGCUUAACCUCCUGGAAAAGGACUACUUUGGCAUCACAUUCCGGGAUAUCGAAAACCAAAAGAACUGGUUAGACCCAUCUAAGGAGAUGAAGAAACAGAUCAGAGGUGCGUGGAAUAUGGGAGUUGCCUGGAAUUUUUCAUUCAACGUGAAGUUUUACCCUCCAGACCCUGCCCAGCUGUCUGAGGAUAUUACAAGAUAUUACCUGUGCCUCCAGUUGAGAGAUGACGUGGUGUCGGGGCGUCUGCCCUGCUCCUUUGCCACCCACACGGUCCUGGGAUCCUACACGGUCCAAUCAGAGCUGGGGGACUACGACCCAGAGGAGUCUGGGACAGACUACGUUAGCGAGUUCCGUUUUGCCCCCAACCAGACCAAGGAGCUGGAGGAGAAGGUCAUGGACCUGCACAAGAACUACAAAGGAAUGAUGCCGGCUGAGGCUGAGAUGCACUUCCUCGAGAACGUGAAGAAGCUGUCCAUGUACGGAGUGGACCUUCACCAUGCCAAGGAUUCCGAGGGUGUUGAGAUCAUGUUGGGCGUGUGCUCCAGUGGUCUUCUGAUCUACCGCGAUCGCUUGCGCAUCAACAGGUUCGCCUGGCCCAAGGUCCUCAAGAUCUCCUACAAAAGGAAUAAUUUCUACAUCAAAAUACGCCCUGGAGAGUUUGAGCAGUUUGAAAGUACAAUUGGGUUCAAGCUCCCCAACCAUAGGGCGGCCAAGAGAUUAUGGAAGGUUUGCGUGGAGCACCACACCUUUUUCAGGUUGGUGUCUCCAGAAACUCCCCCCAAGAAGUUCCUAAACCUGGGCUCUAAGUUCCGCUACAGCGGGAGAACCCAGGCCCAGACUCGACGAGCGAGCUCCCAGAUCGUCCGCCCGGCGCCCUGCUUUGAGCGCUCCACCAGCAAGCGCUACAUCAUGUCUCGCAGCCUGGACGGAGCUCCGCAGAGUACACCCAAAAGGAGUACACCCAAUAGGAGUUCACCCAAAAGGAGUUCACCCCAAAAAACUGUAUCACCGAGAAUUAAACCACCUGCUAGUUUAAACGGCACUAAACCAACAGAGAUGGGCUCGGAUCUAUACGGAAGGGCGAAGGGCAUUGCCGUGAGUGACCUCAUCACCACGGUGACACCGGAGAAAAAGGUGGAGGAGAGGAAGGCGGAGGAAGAGAUGGAAGUAGAGGUGCAGGUGGAGGUGGAGGAGGAAGACGAGACCACGAAAGCCACCGAGAUGUCUCAGCCAAGUCCAACCUCUCCCAUUCGACAUGAUAAGACGGAACUGACUGACACUUGUGUCGAUGGUGAACUGACAGCUACUGAGUCGGACCAAGACGACGAGUCUGAGUUAAAGACACAGAACAGUUUCAUAAGGCGAAUUAAAGGAGAGAAUGUGUUUGUCAGACAUAGUGUGCUGAUGUUAGAGGACACAGUGGGCACGCCAGAGGAGCUGUUGAAACACGCGACCAACAUCAGCGAGCUCAAGAGGUCGUUCCUGGAGACGGGCGCCGACACGGCCGGCCUCACCGAGUGGGAGAAGAGGCUGUCCUCGUCCCCCCUGCGCUCGCUGCGUCUCGACGAAGCCCCUAUGAUCGAACCACUGGAGCUCGAUGAAGUACCGAGCAAAGAGGAUGAGAGAGAGGAUGAGAGAGCCAUGGCUGCAGGCGGUAGCAUUGAGGAGGAGAUCAACCACAGCCCUGUGGAUACUAAGACUACUGUGCCUAAGCCGACCUUUGAGGAGAUGUCCCCGGAGCUCACCGCUCUCUUACAGUCAGCCCGAUAUCAGACCAGCACGCGGGGUUGGACUGCCUCGCCUGCCCAUAGUCAGUCCCUGCUCAAGACAACAGAGAAGUUGGAGCGUAUCGUGCUGCAGACAGAGGUGGUAUCAUCCCAGCAAACAGAAGAGGUUGAGGAUCAGCCGAAAGAACAGCCGGCAGAGGACCAGGAGCAGCCGGUGGAGAAACAGCCUGACGACCGGCCUGACGACAUGGAGAAACAAGCUGGUCAGCAGCCUGAGCAGACAUCUGUGCUGGAGUCUCCAGAGGUCCUGACCUUCAACAGGGCAGACGUGAUGGAGGAGACAGAGAUGCUGGUGACCCAGGAGGUACCUGUAAUACACACGGAAAUGAAAACCAUCACAUACCGGUCACUGGAGGGUGACGCUGACAUUGAUCCAGAGGCGGGGGUGUUGAUGAGCGCCCAGACCAUCACCUCAGAGACCAGCAGCACCACCACAACCACACAUAUCACCAAGACUGUGAAAGGAGGCAUCUCGGAAACGAGGAUCGAGAAGAGAAUCGUCAUCUCGGGGGAUGCAGACAUUGACCAUGACGAGGCCCUGGCUCAGGCCAUAAAAGAGGCCAAAGAGCAGCACCCUGACAUGUCAGUGACCAAAGUAGUGGUCCACAAAGAGACUGAGAUCACGCCCGAGGAGGGCGAAGAGUGACCGCAGGAUUGAAGGAUCACUGGGUUCACCGACGUUUCAGGGGCAUUCUGUUAACGUUACUUCACGCUCUUCAGAGUAUGAGAUGCAAGCAGGAUAGUGACGUUGCCAACAGACAACACACCACUGUAGAGGACACUACUACUACUCCGUCUGACUACUACCGGACUAACCUAACCCACACUCACCAACACUACUGGCAAACACAGACCUCCAAAGCUGGCCAGCCCUUCAUUGGAACAUGUAUACUGCAUGAAAAGGGAUCAUUUCUGCAUUUUGUAAAGGAGAAAACAAAUACAUUGGAGGAAAUAUCAAAAUAUAUACAUGUUUUACUUGACCUGUGCACUCAGGCUCGAAGGGAGAAGAAUGUAUGUCAUGACAGUUUUGAGUUUUAUGAUAGUAUACUCUGUUUUAUUUAUUAUCGAACUACAAURAUAGUAGCUAGGCUGAACGUGUAUGAUGGCACAAUAUUUAUCCAUGCAAUAGAUGUGACAUUCAUCUUGCCAUAAGUCCCCUUAUUUAUCCCAAUGCUGAUUUUAUUCCAUUUUACAUACAGUAUUGCCUGGAAAAAGGCAAAAAUAAUAUGUAUGGUACGUACAUUUGCUUAGUAGACCAUAUACCCUCAAAGAUGAUUUUGGUUUUACUUUAAUUGUAAAUAUGUUCAUUUGGAUUUCCUUCAAUUACAAAGUAAAGAUGAGUAUAAUGAGGCAAAAUCUCAUAGAAUUGUGUUASAAGGGAAUGUUAAACAGACUCCAUUACUGUGACUUCAGAGUUGAUCAAGAAAACCCUUAUAAUAUAUGUCUUCACAUGGUGGUCGGUGGAUUGAACGUUCUUGUUGGGUUGUAUCUGAAAUGACACCCUAUUACCUAUAUAGUGGGCUUUGGUCAAAAGCAGUGCACUAUAUAGAGAAUAGAGUGCCAUUUUAGACAGUCUUGCUCAUUCUUAAAUCAUACCCAGAAUGCACCUCUCAUCCAUGUGYGGCACAUCCAAGCCUUAAAACUGAAGAAUGGACAGACAACCUCCAGUACAACCCUGCAAUGUGUGUUUGAUUUCUCCAAGGCCGAUGUGUCAGCGGCCAUCCAACACAGGGGUAUCAUGCUCAUUGAACCUGAGGUGACAUGCUCCCCUCAAUGUAAACAACUGGGAUGAGAAUGAAUCAUUAGUAGUGUCUUAUAUAAAAUAAAAASUAAGACAUAUGUUUGGUCAUCGGUCCCCCCUCAGAGAUAUUAAGAGCAUGAUGCCUCUGAUCCCACUCCUUCGACUCAUCAGCUGCAAAAUCAUCCAUGUUGAAUGUGUUUCCCACAAGAUAAAUAAAAUGAUAAAUACAUUG